GUGGUAGGUUGCUCGAUUGGAAGAGCAAGACAGCACUCUAGUGGCAAAUGAUAUCAAGUGGUUAGCUCGUGGUCCACUAGAAAUAGUGAGAAGAUAUAGCGGGUACAUUGUUAAUGGAGUUAGAUUUCAUACAAAGACACGUGAAAGGUGCUUGAAGACUCAAAACAGUGGCAUUGUUGUAACUGUUAAGACAUUAAGUUAUGCCAGUUCAAGAGAUAAAAACCCAAAGGAGGGAGAAAUCCACUACUAUGGUGCACUAACAGAUAUAAUUCAAUUGGAUUAUUCUGGAAAAUAUAAGGCUAUACUUUUCAAGUGUGAUUGGGUUGAUAUAAACAGGGGUUGCAAAAUUGAUAACUUCGAUAUGACAUUAGUGAAUUUCAAUUAUUUGCAACAUACAGGGAAUGAUAUAUGUGACGAUCCAUUUGUUUUUGCAUCUCAAGCUAAGAAAGUAUUCUAUGUGGAGAAUAAAACACAAAAUGGUUGGCUUGUUGUUGUGCAUGCUAAAAUCAGAGAUGUAUAUGAUAUGGGUGAUGAGCAAUCCAAUGACACGGAUCAAGGGAAUGAACAAGUCUUACAAGAGAUAAAUCAUAAUGAUUUGAUCAGAUCAGAAGCCGAUGAUAGUGAUGAUAUCAUUGAAGUUACAAUACCUAUGGAGAACAUUUUACCACAUGACAAGGAUGAUAAUUAUAUAGAUGAUGAUGAGAGCGAUGCAGACUUCUUUUGAUUUGUUUUUAUUUGUUCUAUUUGAACAUUUGGUUAUAGUUUGAGUAUACAUGUAUUGAACAUUUUGUCACAUUUAUAUACUCUUAUUCCUUUCUUUAGUUUUUUGUUCUUAUUAUUCAUUACUCUUGUGUUUAUUUUUUGUUAUGUAUAAAAAUCACUCACAAUAUAAUGAUGUUAUCCGUUUUUUAUCAAAAUUUGUUUCGUUGUUUCCUCAAUAGUUUGAUUCUUUGUGAUUGGAGAUUGGUGAAAAAAUAGCUUACAAGCAAUCUAAAUUUGCCUUUUAGCAUACUAUGGGAAAGCGCAGAAAGUUGAAUAUCAUUCAAAAUGAUGGUCAAUCACAAGCAAAAGAGCAAUCAAUUGAAAGCUCUACUGAAGUGAACCAAAAUAACAACUCUAUACUUGAAGAAAAUGCACAAUUUGAAGGAGAACAACACAUACAAGAAGAUAGUCAUGUUCAGUCUCAUACUUCUCUUGAAAGUGCAAAUGAAAGUUCAACUAAAGAUAAAAAGAGAACCAGAGGUUAUACACAUAUGCUAGAUGUGUGGGACUUGCCAGAUGGAGAAUUCAUACUUGUUGAAGUAGAUCAUUGGGGCAAUCCUAUGGGUUGGGAAGGGAAAACUCUACUGAAUGCAAUUGGGAGCUUGGUAAGGAGACACCAAUGUGCUCCUAUCAAUUUUCUUAGCUGGAAAGACAUGCCUAAGGACUAUAUUACUGACAUGGUUGAAUUAAUUCAGAGUAAGUUUCGAUUUGUUCCUGAAUUAACUGAACAAACAAAGAAAAUAUUGAUUGAUGACAUGAGUCUGAAAUGGAGGCAAUUUAAAUAUGAACUGAAAUCAAAAGGAUAUGAUGAGAGCAAAACUAAGGAGGAAAUGAUUGCUCACAUCCCAGAUCCAAGGGUUGAUCCUUCUCAAUAUCGUGAUUUAGUACAUUAUUGGUGUUCUGAGAAAGGGCAGAAAAUAAGCAAAAUCAACAAAAGGAGCCGCUCAAAAUAUGAGGACUUGCAUUGCAUGGGAACCAAUAAUCUUCCAAGACGGAUUCAUGAGAUGACUACAAAGGCUAAGGGAGUGCAACCUUCUAGGGCAGAAAUUUAUAUUGACACUCGAACUCGAAAAGAUGGAAGCAUUGUUACUGAAAAGGCUGCUAUUGUAAUUGAUGAACUAAAAAAGAAAAUGGUUGAAGCAGAGAGUUCGCAAAAUUUACAAAGCACGCAAGAUUCUACUGAUUGGACAAAUGAUAUAUAUUCAAAAGUCAAAGGACCUGAAAAAAGAGGACGUGUGCGUUGUCUUGGCAAGCUUCCACAUCAAGCAAGUUCAUCUCAAAGCUCUUAUACAAACAAUAGAAUUCAAAAGUUGGAGAAUUUGCUUGGAAACCUUGUAGCUGUGCUUAAAGUACGAUUUGCAGAAGAUCCACAAAUUAAUCAAGUCUUAGAAGCUAUAGAUCAAGAGGUACCUACAAAUGAUUCUACCGGUAAAGAUCAUCAAACUACAAACAAUCUUAGCUAGAGUCUUGUUCCUUUUACUUGAAUGAUGAUUUGGAAAGCCCUCGUGCAAUUGGACCCUUCUUUAGGCUCUCACGGUCAAGGAAAAGAUGAUGGCAGCAUCAACCACAUGAUUAUUCUGUUUGUGUCCCCACUAUAAAUAUAUAAUUGGGUCAUCUAAUUGAUCUUUUCUGGAUGGGAUCACCUAAAUGAAUUAUUGAUUAACUGGACCAGCUUGUGAUAAUAUAUUGUUAAAUUUACACGUCCCAUUUUUCUUUUUUGAGGUUUGUUUUCUUGUAUAUGUUAUUGGGUGAUAUAUACUUGUUAAAUACAUACUUGAAAGACCUAUGCUAAAGCAAGAGUAUUUUACAAUUGGAAUGAGGGUGGGAAAAAUGUGAAGCAGAAAAGCAACCUUAUUUUCAUGUGAAUGUUUGGCUAUUAUUGUUGCA